AGCAAGAUGAAGUUUGAUAAUGUGCUGGCAGAAGUCAAUGGCUUUGGUAGAUUCCAAAUAAGAACUAUACUUUUGCUUGUUAUUCCUCGUAUGACCUUGCCAUUUCACUUCCUACUGAAUAAUUUCAUUGCGGCUAUUCCCCCUCACCACUGCAACAUCAGCUCUCUGGAUGAUGGAGAAAUUUUUAAGAAUUUAUCUUUGGAAGAGAAGCUCAUCGUUAGUAUCCCUGUUCAAGAUGAUGGGAGUCCGAAUUCCUGCCAGAUGUUUGCAAAGCCUCAAUAUCACCUGCUGCUGAACUCUACUAACAUUACUGACUUACCCACAGUUCCAUGCCAGAGAGGCUGGGUGUAUGACAACACCACCUUCAAAUCCACGCUGGCCACAGAGUGGGAUCUGGUUUGUGAUAGCAAAAGCGUGAACAGAGCAACAGCUACCAUCUUUUUCAUGGGGGUCAUGGCUGGAGCUGCAGUAUUUGGUUAUCUUAGUGACAGGUUUGGUCGCAGAAGAACACUUCUGGUAUCCUAUAUAGCAACUACCCUCUUUGCAUUUGCAAGUGUUUUCUCAAACAAUUUUCCCAUGUUUGCUGCCAUGAGGUUUUUAACAGGACUUGGAAUUUCUGGAAUAAGUAUUGUCAGCAUUGUCCUUUGUGUUGAAUGGGUGGACAUCAAGCAUCGUACUUCAGUGGGUGUUUUAAUGAGCAUGGAUUGGAGUCUCUUUACUGCCAUACUUCCUGGUGUGGCUUAUCUGGUGAAUGACUGGAGGUACCUGACAGCCGCUGUGACUGCCCCGUUGUUUGUAGCUAUGAUCUGUUGGCGUUUGCUCCCUGAGUCUGCCAGAUGGUUGAUAAGUAAUGGAAAAGUAGACAGUGCUCAUUUUUACCUCAGUAACUGUGCAAAAGUCAACCACAGAGAGGAAUUCAUGGCUGACCUACGGCCUGAGGUUUUGUCCAAAGUAAUACUAGUAGAGGACGAAAACAGAAAAUAUUCCUAUCUGGAUCUUGUGAGGACGCCCAGAAUGAGAAAACUGGCUCUUUUUACAGGAAUUGUGUGGUUUGGAGUGGCCUGUACCUAUUAUGGAAUCAGCUUGAAUGUAACUGGAUUUGGAGUGAAUAUUUAUCUCACACAGUUCAUCUACGGUGUAAUAGAAUUUCCAGCAAAAGCCUUCAUCAUUUUCUUUUUAAACAAAAUAGGCCGAAGGUUGACUCAGGUUGGAGCUCUUUUUCUGACCGGGCUGUGUAUUUUUUGCAACAUGUUUAUCCCUCAAGAUAAGUGGACAGCAAGGACCACUGUGGGAGCUUUGGGCAAGAUGUUUGCAGAGGCAGCUUUUACAACUGUAUUUCUGUACACAACAGAACUUUACCCCACAGUCAUGAGGCAAAAUGGCUUAGGUUACAGCUCCUUCAUGGCCCGAAUAGGCGUGUCUAUAUCCCCUGUGAUGAUGAUGCUUGAAGAGGUUUGGCUCCACCUGCCAAGUAUUCUUUUCUCCCUGGUGGCUUUAAUUGCAGGGCUUUCAGCUUUUUUUCUUCCUGAGACGAGAAACGUCCGUCUGCCAGAGACCAUUGAGGACGUGGAACAGACAAGAAGACGAUCAGUCCCCACAUCUGAUGAGAAAUCUGCUCCACAAGAGUUAUUCUCAUUGCAAACAAAAGAGCUUCAGUGA